CCUACCAAUUUCGAUUUUCCACCUACCAAAAAGACGUUUCUACUAUUCUCGACUUUGUACAUAAACAGGGACUGAGUCAUAGAUCAUCAACUCAACAAUACAUCCACAAUUCUCCACAGUACAAGAAAACAAAAAAAUGGCGAGUCUUAAAGUUCCAACAUCUGUUCCAGAACCUUAUGAAGAUGCUGAGCAACUCAAAAAAGCUUUUGCUGGAUGGGGUACAAAUGAGGCACUUAUUAUUCAGAUUCUGGCACAUAGAAAUGCAGCACAACGCAAGUUAAUCCGAGAAACUUAUGCUGCAGCUUAUGGAGAGGAUCUUCUCAAGGACUUGGAUGCUGAACUGACAAGUGAUUUUCAGCGUGCAGUGCUUCUGUGGACUUUGAGUCCUGCUGAGCGCGACGCCUACUUGGUUAAUGAAGCUACCAAACGUCUGACUUCUAGCAAUUGGGUUAUCUUGGAAAUUGCUUGUACAAGGUCUUCUGAUGAUCUCUUUAAGGCGAGGCAGGCCUACCAUGCUCGAUACAAGAAAUCACUUGAAGAAGAUGUUGCUUAUCACACAACUGGGGAUUUCCGUAAGCUUUUGGUUCCUCUUUUAACUGCAUUCAGAUACGAAGGAGAAGAGGCGAACAUGACAUUGGCAAGAAAGGAGGCAAAUAUACUACACGAGAAGAUCUCUGACAAGGCUUACAAUGAUGAGGAGCUCAUCCGAAUUAUUUCUACUAGGAGUAAAGCACAGCUGAAUGCAACAUUCAACCACUACCUUGACCAACAUGGCAGUGAAAUCAACAAGGAUCUGGAAACUGAUUCUGAUGAUGAGUACCUGAAAUUACUCAGCGCAGCAAUAGAAUGCUUGAAAACCCCAGAGAAACACUUUGAGAAAGUUCUUCGAUUGGCUAUCAAGGGUACAGGCACAGACGAAUGGGACCUUACUAGAGUUGUCACUACUCGGGCUGAAGUUGACAUGGAACGUAUCAAAGAAGAGUACCAUAAGAGGAACAGUGUUCCAUUGGACCGUGCAAUUGCUGGAGACACUUCAGGAGACUAUGAAAGGAUGCUUCUGGCUUUGAUUGGGCAUGGAGAUGCUUGAAUGGAAUAUGUGUUCUAAGAUUGGAUAAGAAACUAUUUCCUAAUGUCUGAAGUUUGAAUUUGUUUGAUGAUGUGUGGCAUGUAUGCCCAGAGUUUGGUUUGCAUUAUAUGGAUUUAAAUAAUCCAGGUGUUGUGUUUUGUUUUUUUCUUCACUUGUCAUAGUUUGGUUCUAUAUAUUCGGACUUCCUCAA